GGCCGACAGCCGCGCGCAACGCGAACUCCAGAAAAAGGUUGUUCUAGAGCUUUACUGAUAGCUCUGUCAUCUACCUCUCACAUAGCAGCGACAGUGUUCCUCAUAUUCUCUCCUCUCGUCGGGUUAUCCCAAACUUUCAUCUGAUUAGUUGACAGCCCGUUCCUCCCAACAGAUUUCGUCUCAAAGCUCCUCCAACAUGGAGAGCUUCGAUAACGUGUACCUCGAUCUCGCGAAGAACCCCGGAAAAUGCAAGCUUGCUGAAAGUGGUCUGGGAUGGCGACCUUCUGGCGGAGGCGAUACUUUUACCCUGGACAGUAACAACAUCGGCGCAGCCCAAUGGAGUCGAGCAGCUAAGGGGUUCGAAUUGAAAAUUUUGUCGCGGUCUUCUGGUGUUGUUCAGCUCGACGGAUUCGACCAAGAGGACUUUGAGCGAUUGAGCAAGGCUUUCAAGAUCUGGUAUGGCAUCAACAUCGAAACCCGCGAACAUGCGCUUCGAGGAUGGAACUGGGGUAAGGCAGAAUUCACCAAAGCGGAACUUUCUUUCAACGUCCAGAAUCGACCUGCGUUUGAAAUCCCUUAUUCGGAAAUCACCAACACCAACCUUGCGGGAAAGAACGAAGUCGCAGUUGAAUUUGGCCUUGGUGCCGAUGGAACCACUGCUAGCGGUCAGCCCGCUGGCAGCACGAAGAACCGUGGUAGAAAAGCCGCGGCGUGCGCAGACGAGCUAGUUGAAAUGCGGUUCUACAUCCCAGGAACGGCAGUCAAGAAGGAGAAGGCUCCCAAGGAGGAGGGCGAAGAAGACGAGGAAGAAAAAGAAGAAGAUGGAGAGGAAGAGGAAGAAGUGGAAGAGCAGAAUGCUGCCAACCUAUUUUACGAGACCCUCAUGGAUAAGGCCGAGAUUGGCGAUGUUGCCGGCGAUACUUUUGCUACUUUCUUGGACAUUCUGCAUCUCACUCCCAGAGGUCGUUUCGAUAUCGAUAUGUACGAGUCGUCCUUCCGGUUACGUGGAAAGACAUACGACUACAAGAUUCAAUAUUCCUCUAUCAAGAAAUUCUUCUUGCUGCCCAAGAACGACGAUACACACACUCUCAUUGUUUUGGGACUCGACCCACCUCUGCGACAGGGUCAGACCAGAUACCCUUUCCUUGUCAUGCAGUUGAAGUUGGAUGAAGAGAUCAGCCUAGAGCUCAACAUGACAGAUGAUCUACUGGAGUCUCAGUACAAGGACAAGUUGCAGUCUCGUUAUGAAGAGCCGGUUCACCAGGUCGUUACAAAGAUUUUCCGUGGCUUGUCUGGCAAGAAGGUUAUCAUGCCAUCGAAAGACUUUGUCAGUCACCAUGGCCACAGCGGAGUCAAAUGCUCAAUCAAGGCCAACGAGGGUCUCUUGUACUUCUUGGAUAAGAGCCUUAUUUUCGUUCCUAAGCCCGCCACCUACAUUCAGCUUGAAAACGUCGCCAUCAUUACCAUGUCGCGUGUCGGCGGUGCAGUCUCUGCCAGCAGAACCUUUGAUAUUACCGUCAGCCUGAAGGCAGGCAUGGGAGAGCACCAGUUCAGCAACAUCAACCGUGAGGAGCAACAACCUCUCGAAGAAUACUUCAAGGCCAAGAACAUUCGUUUCAAGAACGAGAUGACAGAAGAUCACUCAUCAUCCUUGAUCGCCGCUGCCCUUGAGAACGAGCAAAUGGGCUCUAGCGAUGACGAGGGCGUACGACCUGACCGUGGCUCCGCAGAUGAAGACGAGGAAUCCAUUGAUGAAGACUUCCAGACGGAGACGGACUCGGAUGUGGCCGAAGAAUUUGACUCUGACCACGAAAGCAGCGGUGGAAGUGACGCCGAGAUGAACGAUGCUUCUGAUGGCGGCGGCGACGAUGAUGACGACGAUGCGAUGUCCGAGGCCGAGGACUCGCGACCGAAGAAGAAGUCCAAGGUUGGAAAAUAAAAGACUACGGUUCUUUUUGGACGACACUGAGCGUGAGUCGACAUAAUGACUGCUGUAUAAUGAAUAGGAACCAUUGAUUCUGUGCUAUAAUAUGGAGAAAGUUAAAAACCACAAAGUGCUUUAAAUGUUUAGUUUUGACUCCG